AUGGCUGCUGUUCGACAGCAUAGCAAAUCGUUAAAUGAUGCUAAUGUUGAAGAUGAAGAUAAUGCUUUAUUAAAAGUUUGUGGCAUUAUGUAUAAAUGGACAAAUUUUGUAUAUGGAUGGCAAAAACGAUAUUUUGAACUUGAAAACGGUAUUUUAAUGUAUUACAAAUCAGAAUCCGAGAAGCAGUAUGGAAGUCGUGGUGCAAUUGCAUUACAUAUUGCACAUCUUGUGGAAAGUGAUAUUGAUUUUAAUCGAUUUGAUGUGUUAACAAAUGAUGCGUGCUGGUAUUUAAGAACUCAAAAUCCAAAAUCACGCAAUUUAUGGUUACGUGCUUUAAGGUACCAAAUGUUCGGGUCAACCAAAAAUAAACUGAAAAACCGUUGUUCGAUUGAUGAUGUGGCGAGAAGUGCAGGUUAUGAACAGUCGUCAUUAUCUUUAGAAUUGAUGUGUAAAAUGGAACAGCUGGAACGUUUCAACGAUAUGAUUGGACGGCAAGCCACUCGACUAGAAAAUUUAAUUCGUGUGAUCCAAGACAACCGAGAAAAUACUUAUGCUACCUCUCUUCUAGAUGAAAGUAUUGCACUAAAUGCUGUAACUAUUGCCGUAUUGCAAAAUAUUAACACAUGCGUUCAUUUACUCGCAAAACAGACGAAAGUUAAUCAUAAGCAGCGUUACGACGAGAAUUGUCACACUGCACACGUGGACAUUGCUAGUAACUGUUCACGAAGCAUUAUGUUGAAUCAAACAUCCGAGCUCGAUAAUGUUUCAAGUGAUGAUGAUGAACAGGAAUGGCAUGAUGCUGACGAUAGCAUUCCGGAAAAUAAAAGCAAUGCGAAAGGACGUAGUUUUGCAGGGAAAGGAGCGGCAAGGAUAUCUAGUUCGGAGUCUUUAAUUGAGAGAGAAAGAGCUAAUGAAAAUUAUCCUGAUAUUGCUGAAUCACCACCCAAAAAUGUCACUUUACCUGCAUCAAAUGCAUUUGCAAAAGAAAUCAAUCGAAUUGCAAUGGAACAAUUAAAAUAUGCUCGAUCUAGUAUUUAUGACGGUGUUUGGCAGUUAUUCAUGGAAGAAGACGAAAUGAAGAUGUAUAAAAGAGAAUUGGAAGUUAAUGGGAUAGUCUGUGAUCCAUUGAAAGCCGUUCAUCUUGUACAGGGUGUAUCAGCCCGGGAAUACAUUCAUUAUUUUUUCGAACCGCGAUAUAAACAUGAAUGGGAUGAAACAUUGGUCAGGACAAGAAUUGUUGAGAGGAUUUCAAUGGAUACUGUUAUAAUACAUCAGUUACACAAGAGAAUUUGGCCAUCUGCUCAACGUGAAUCUUUAUUUUGGUCAAAUGUACGAUAUCUUCCAGAGCAAAAGAGCCCAAAAGCUUUGGAUUUAUAUAUGGUAUGUAACCAUGAUUGCAAUCUACCGAGUGUACCGUUAGAACAUAAUUCCAAUGUUCGAGUUGGUUUGACUGUAGCAAUGUUAUGUGAAACAGUCGUUAAAGAUGGACAUGAAAAGCCAGUGGAUAAGCUGAAUCGUAAUGAUAUUCAAUGCCAAGUGUGUUACUGUGCGCAAGUAAAUCCAGGUGGUUGGGUGCCGGCAUCAGCAUUACGAAUUAUAUACAAACGUGAAUAUCCAAAAUUUUUACAUGGUUUUACCAAAUAUGUGCUUAGUAAAAUAAAAACUCAGCCGUUAAUGAUUUAA